CCAGUCAUUGUGUGACUGGCGUUAUAAAUACCGAGUUUACGUGAAUUAACGCAUUUAAUUAGUCACGAACAACGAAGGGACAAGCUCAAUAUGGAGUUUCCACAUUUGGGGCAACAUUGCAACGAAGCCACAUGCAACAGAUUGGAUUUCCUGCCAGUCAAGUGUGACUCAUGCGACAAGGUGUUCUGUGCCACACACUACAAUUAUGAACGUCACAAUUGUCCAGGCGCUCACAGAAAGAACUUUCAAGUUCCAAUAUGUCCGCUGUGCGGAGAGCCUGUGCCCACGGCACCAGGCGUUGAACCGGAUCUAACCGUUAGCCAGCACAUUGAUAAGCAGUGCAAGUCGGACAGUAAAAAGAUCUACACAAAUCGAUGCUAUGCCAAAGGAUGUAAACGGAAGGAGCUGAUUCCAGUUCAGUGCUCGCAAUGCAAACUGAAUUUUUGUCUACGUCAUCGCCACAGCAGUGAUCAUGACUGCAAACCUGCUACUAAUACCGCGCCAGCAGCUGGCACAUCCCAGGGUAUAUUUAAGAUAUUCUCUGAUACACGCGCGAUGGCAGCUAAAGCAGCCGAAAGUCGUUGGCAAAACAAGCAACAAACAAAUCCCAGACCCAAUCCAGUUCCCGCAACAGUAACUGUUGCGCAGCGCACGACUUCCACUCAGGUUCAAAACAUACAAGGAAAUAUGACGGAGGAUGAGGCUUUGGCACAUGCUUUAGCGCUGUCCAUAAUGGAGCAGGAUGGCACAGCAGACAGCAGCCGACGUAGUACGCCGUCCACAGCUAAUGCACAGCGAGCGACGACAGUGGGAGGACGCGACUCCCAGCAAUCAAAUGGAAAGGAUAAAUGCUCGCUAUCGUAGUUCAAAACCAAUACAGAACAUAUCAAUCACUUGACCAGCGGCGUUGUCCACUGCCUACACUGAGGUUGUUAGUUAAACUAAUUGUCAUUUUGUUGUAAUUGUAUUUUAAUGUUGAUAAUUUACUUUGACUUCGUCACAUUCUCGGCAUGCUUAAGGCUGCUUAGCAAAAAUAAUUUAUUAGAGCUUGUUUAUCUCUCCGAUUAAUGAAAAUAUGUUAACAAACUCGGACAUAAAAACAGGCUCGCUUAUUAGCUCUACUUGGAAAGAAUAAACUGUAAUAUACAUAUUGAA